UUUGAUCAUGAUUUAAGACAAAGAAUUCAUUCUGAAUAUUGGGCAUUAAGUGACUAUAAUAUUCAACGCCAGUAUCUCAAUGGGCUUAUUUGUGAGAGGGAUAAAACUGUCAAAAGAACAUUGUCUAAUGUUUCAAGAAGAAACAAAACUAGAGCAUUCUAUCUUCACAAAAAGGGGCACAAAAUUCAAGUCUGUCAGAAAUUUUUCUUGACUACUUUUGGAAUUUCAGAUUCUGUAAUAAAAACAAUUUUGAAGAAGAGGAGUGAUUGUAAUAUUGUACAACCAGACAUGAGAGGGAAGCAGAGUCCAGCAAUCAAGAAAUCAGACGAUAUUAGAAAAUCUGUAAUAGAACACAUUAAUAGUUUCCCUCGAGUACCAUCACAUUAUUGUAGGAAGGAUUCGAAGAAAGAAUAUCUUACAAGUGAUCUAAAUAUAUCUAAAAUGUAUCAGAUGUAUUUAGAGAAUUGUAAAUCAAACAAUAUAAUUCCAGAGAAAGAGUCUUUCUACAGGAAUAUUCUAACUAAAGAAUUCAACAUAGGCUUCCAUGUUCCAAGAAAGGAUCAAUGUGAUAAAUGCUACGUUUUUGAAAGAUUAAGUGCAGAGGAUCAAGAGGAAAAUAGAGAGAAGCACAGCAAUCAUCUUGAGAGGAAAAAUCAAGCUCGCUCUCUAAGAGACAGCUUCAAAGAGAAGGCUCAAAGAGGAGAAUGCUACUUCAUUCAGUUCGAUUUGGAAGCAGUUAGGUAUUGUCCAGCAAAUCUUAAUACAAAAAAAUUUUAUUAUAAAAGAAGGUUGGCUGUUUACAACCUAACAAUGUACAAUGUAGCCACCACCAAAGCCGAGAAUUUUAUGUGGCAUGAAGGGAUUGGAGGACGUGGUUCGACACAUGUGGAGGGCAGAAUCGAAACGUAAAUGUGGUUGCCAUGUUUAUGUAUUCGAUCAAUAUUUUCAAUGAUAUUCCCAUUAUCAAUCACAUUUUUUUCGAGCCUGGCCAUAGUCAGAUGGAAUGUGACAGUGUGCAUGCUCACAUUCAGUCCAGUACUGCAAAGAUUGAAAUUUACGACCCUUCUGCUUGGUAUACUGCCAUAAGGUGUGCAGUAAGAGGUGACAAAUACACAGUAACUGAGAUUGACCAAGAGGAGAUAUUUGAUUUCAAAAAAAUGGCCAAGCAAUUGAUAACCAACAGGAAGAUUGAUACUGAUGG